AACGAGAGGAGAAAGAAAGUCUGGGCAGGGAAAGAAUGGAAAUGAUCCGCUUCAUCCCGCUUCUCUUACAAUGAAACUUGUAGAGCGCGAUUUAGUAGGAAAACAUGCUUAGAAAGGCGGUUUGCAGUCCGAGUAAAAGUGAAAAAGUGGGCCAGUCGAGAUUUUUCACAGCGAUGCGGUGAAAAUCGUUCGGUUUGGUUUUUCUGUUCUGGUAUUUCUCUGGCAGCAAACUUACGAAGGCUCUGGAUGAAAGACACAAUACGGAGCAGCAGCGACGCUUCUCCGCUUCUCUGCGUGCACCAGACAACAGCAGCGCUGUUCGGAGCCGUCGUGCAGUCCAUCCAUCUCUCUCUCGGUCCAUCCAUGCAGUCAUUCAUAGACCGACAAGCACCGCGGCUUUAAACUCUCCCCUUUCUCUCCGAGUGCGGUGGUGCUGUAGAACAGCCGCAGCAGGAGGAGGGAUGACUGAAGGCAUCGCCGCCAGCGAUCACAGAGCAUCACUGGCCAAGCAGCAUCUCGGGGCUUAAACCCGGUGUAAUCAUGAAACGCUCGAGUGCAGUGUGUCAGUAGACAUGAGCUCAUGAGCCCUAUAUGCUGGUCUGAGAUCUGUGAACUGGACACCCUGAGGACGACCACCCACUUACAAGGCCAAUGACCUUCUACGUUGAUCUACUCUGUGGUUCCUGUCAGAUUCUGUAAUGGAAAAUCGUGAUGAUGAAGGCGACCACCAGCACAAUACCACAGGGAGUGAGGGCGGCAAUACAGGGGAAGGCACUCCCCCACCCAAGCGCAAGGGCAAGUUCUCUACCCUGGGCAAGAUUUUCAAACCCUGGAAAUGGAGGAAGAAGAAAAGCAGUGAGAAGUUUAAGGAAACAUCAGAAGUUCUGGAAAGAAAGAUGUCGAUGAGAAGGCCAAGACAGGAGCUGAUAGAGCAGGGAGUGCUAAAAGAGCUUCCUGAGAAUGAAGUAGAUGAAGCUCAUGGCCCAAAGCUACCCUAUGUGAAAAAUGGCCACACUCUGCCUGUAGGAGGCAGCAGCGGAAGUGGGAGUCGAGGGCUUGAGCCCAUUCGGUCCCGGGCUGAGCCAGACCUCAGAGUAAACCAGGCCUGGCUGCCCCAGAUUGAGGAGCGCAGGGGUCGUGUCCCCUCUGACGGCGAGCGUCGUGGCAUGUUGGGCAUUCGACCCACCAGCCAUGAUGAGGCUAGGAGAGGUGGCCGAUCUGGCGGGGAGGAAUGGAAAACCAACCUGGCUUGGCAGAUGGACGAGAACCGCCGUGGAGGCAGAGCAGACGAGAAAAGACCUGGCCUGAUCAAAGCCCCAUCUGAGGACUGCCGAAGGACACGCCCCGAACCAGAGUGGAAACCCACCCUCCCCCGCCACUCUUCAACUGAGGAGGGCAGAGGAAGACGAGAAUCAGACAGCAGUCAUUAUGUUCCGGACUCAGAAGCUUUGAGGGACACUCUGCGAGAACCGUUGCCUCCCAAGCAGUCUGUUAUGCCGCCCAAGUGGCUGAUGAGCUCCACUCCAGAGCCUGGCAUGGAGGGCUCCCCCCGCACGCCCGCCCACAGCCCCGCCACCUCUUUCUCUUCUUCUUCCGCUUCCUCCAGCUCUCCCCCAUCUUCAGCAACCAGUGCAGCUGGCAAGCCCCUACGGACUGCUUCGUCUGCUGGGGCUAACACGCAGGCGUCCAGCGGAGCACUCUACACUCCCUCCUCUGUACAUUCAUCCUCCUCUGUGGGCACGGCCCCAACCCAGCCGGUCAAGCAGCCCCCACUGCCUCCACCCAAGCCAGUGAACCGCACCACCAACCCUGCAAUGCUGGCCUCCACCCUGCACGGGGGUGACCCCUUUCCCCUCUACUGGUCCUGUUGGAAGCGCGAGGGCGACUAUGAUGUGUACCUGUCCCUGCCUGUGUACCUGUGCCGGCGGGCAGGAGGCGUGCGCACAGCUGAAUUUGCCCAGAUGACGGGAGGCACUAACCUAGUACCAGCCAAACCUUCUCCGCCCAUGCCUCCAAAGAGAACCACACCGGUCACAAAACGCAACACUGAGGAUUCCAACUUGCCCAUCUCAUCUCUGCCAUCAAUGUUGUCACCUGAGGACAGAGCCAACAUCCCAGGGGGCUUCCCACUGCCCCCACCUCCACCGUCCCCACCUAUACCAACGCACAUUCCACCCUCACCUCCCCGAGGCCACACUCACCACCUCCUGCAUCAACACUCUUAUCCCCAUCCUUUGCCCCAACCGCUACCUGUCCAUUUUGACCCCCCAAGCCCACUGCAGGAGCCACCUGCCCGUCAAGCCCCAGUGCCCCUACACAUCAUGAUCCAGCGGGCGCUGACCAGCCCUGGACCGGCACUCCCUCACCCGGACGGCUCCCAGCGCGCCCACUCGCUGCUGUUUGAGACACCUCCAGAAUACCAGGGAGUCCGCCCUCUGCCCGUCACCAUUCAGCCACUUAAAGUAGGUGAAGAUGACUACUCAGAUGAGGAGGAAGAAGAAGAAGAGGAGGAAGAAGAGGAGGAGGAAGAGGAAGAGGAGGAAGAAGAGGAUGAGGAAGAGGAGGAAGACGAGCCUUCUCCUGAACACCUGCCUCUCCCUCAGACUCAGCCAGAGCUGGAGCCACGCAGCCGCAGGUGUCUGGUGGGAGAACUGAGUGUCAGCAUGAUCCCGGAGGGACCCGACAGCAGUGAGGGAGAGGAGGGAGAGGAAGACCAGCAUGCUGAGGAGAGCGAUUCGGACGGGCCUGUGCUCUACAAGGAGGAUGAAUCGGAUGAAGAUGAAGAGGAUGAGAGUCCUCCAAGUGCUUUGGCCAGCAGAGUAAAGAGGAAGGACACUUUGGCUCUGAAGCUGAGCAGUCGGCCCUCAGCCCCAGACAGGCAGGCUCCUGAGAGGCAGGCCAGAGUGGAGCACACAGGCCUUUCCUGGCAGAGCAAGGAGCAGUGGGAGGCCAUCCGCACACAGAUUGGCACAGCACUCACACGACGACUGAGCCAGAGGCCCACUGCUGAGGAGUUGGAACAGAGGAACAUUCUACAGCCCAAGAAUGAAGCAGAUCGUCAGGCAGAGGUUCGGGAAAUCAAACGCAGGCUCACCAGAAAGUUAAGUCAGAGGCCCACAGUGGCUGAGCUACAGGCCAGAAAGAUCCUGCGCUUCCACGAGUACGUGGAGGUCACACUCGCUCAAGACUACGACCGCCGUGCUGACAAGCCAUGGACCAAACUCACUCCUGCCGACAAGGCUGCAAUUCGAAAGGAGCUCAAUGAAUUCAAGAGCUCUGAGAUGGAAGUUCAUGAAGAGAGUAGGAUUUAUACGAGAUUCCAUCGUCCUUAACAUCUUCCAUUGUCUGGAAAUUGAAGCACUUCAGCGCUGGGGAGAGAGACUGUUGUGUAUUCAGUAAGGACCCUCAGGGUGUUCAUGCGCCCUGACAGAGACUGCCUUUCAGUGAAUGUACUGUACAGAUACCUGGAACAAAUAGAGAACUUUUCCUCAGUCGUCUGCCCUUCUGUAAAUAUGCUGGGGGUGAGGGCUGAGCACUGUAGGACAAAUGCAGUAUUCCUCCCUGAAACUAAAGGGAGACUGACAUGUGCCAAGUCAGAAGUGAUGAAGGACCCCAUGAGGGGUGUGCAGUGUGCGCGCCAUCCGGAGACAUCAUGCAAGGGACCGUUCCGCUGAUGUCACUCUGCCCUCAGAGGGGAAAAGACAGUCUAUAGAGUGGCCUUUUUUUGCUUAUACUUGGUAUUACACACUCUAUUUCCUUUUAGGGAAAUGUAAUAACCUUAACAAAUAAUAGUGAUAAGAAUGAUGGUGAAUAAUAAAAACAGUAAUAAUAAACAUUCAUGACUGAGGGUGGCCGAGCAGAAGUGUGCACAGGUGGACUCUGCAUGGACAAACACGAGGAUAUUUGUGUAUUUGUGUAUGUCUGUAUAGAUUGCUGUAAUUUUCUCUUAGACUGAUUCAUUGGAAAGUUAUAAUUAGAAACUGUAAUGCACAAGGUUUUAUGAUGUAAUGUUGAAUUUGAAUUUAUGUGAAGUGGCCACCUUUUCAUGCCUCUCUUACUGAGACUUGAGACUAGCCCUUCUUUUGGAGCUCACUGUUACAGAAGGGGAAGGGGAAACCGAUGGUCUUUCUCUUUCUCUAUUUUAUUUUAUUUUUUUUUGUCCGCACACAAGAAUUUUAGACUUAACGUUUCGCAUCAUGGUUUUAAUCUACACAGUACAACAGUAUAUGAUGUUUUAAGCCCUUUUAAUACAUGGGGUUCAACCAUUUCAAUCAAAUAUAACUCAUGUUUCUGGCAAAUAAAACUGCAUACUCGUCUGAAUAAGAAUAACUUAUUAAAAUGUAGACUUUUUUUUAGAAAGUCAUUGUGAUGGGCAAGUAUUGACACAGCACUAUGAAUAAAAUUGUUUUUAUAGAGUAAUGGCUGACAGGGAAACUGUUUCGGCAGGAACGUUUUUUUUUCUUUUUCUUCUUUCUUUUUUUAAUGUCUAUGGCCAGUAGAAUAAUAGAACAUGUUCUGCUGUACAGAUCUAUUCCCUAGAUUAAACUGACUGUUGUGUAUAUCUGGUCUUCCUUUUAUUUUGAAACAUUUUAAAUAUAUUAAAAUUUUAAAUAGGUUGCUAUUUUUUUAAGCACAAAAUGUUAGCAUAUUAUUCCACACUACAAGACUUCAUCUUAAUACACUUGUUCCAUGUUAGUGUAGCGUUGCAGCUCAUCUUAUGUUUGUUUUUGAUUAUAUGUGAACUUUUAGAAGCUGUUUUUUUCUGUUUAGUUGUCACUUAUGAAUCUAAAUUAAAAAUGCUUACAAAUAGUA